CGCCACUGAUCGCCGAUAGAUGGCUGGUUAGAUGCCCUGUCCUAAUCCAAGACACGUGCUGGCACCAGAUGUUUACGUUUGAGUGCUUUCUGAGCGGGACAGCAAGUGCGGGAAAUAGUUUACUCUAACUGAGCAGGAUUUUUAAAACUUUCACUGCAUUCGUGCGUUUGACAUUCCCAGUCAAUGGUCGUAUCGAGUUUUUACCUUGAGUAAUGGCAGGUGUUGGGUUAACGUUAAUGGAACCUGUUAAGCUCCUGGAGUUCCUGAAGUUCGCUGGAAAGCUCAAAGCCCUACGUCGAACUGGCUGGGUGAAGAAUGGAAUUGAGAAUCCUGAGACUGUUGCUGGCCAUAUGUAUCGCAUGGGUGUCAUGUCAAUGGUCAUCAAUGAUCCACAAUUGGACAUGAACAAGUGCCUGAGAAUGAGCCUCGUUCACGAUCUAGCAGAGAGCAUCGUGGGUGACAUCACACCUCACUGCGGUGUGUCGGAUGAGGAGAAGCAUAAGAAGGAGACUGAAGCCAUGGAAUCUCUCACUUCUCUUUUAGAUCCCUCUGUUGGCAAAGAAGUGCAAAACCUCUUUCAGGAAUUCGAGGCACAAGCAACAGCCGAAGCCAUGUUCGUGAGGGACUUAGAUCGUUUCGAUAUGAUUUUGCAAGCCUUUGAAUAUGAGGAGGCUGAAAAAAGACCAGACUUUUUACAAGAAUUUUUCUCUUCUACCGUCGACAAGUUUCGUCAUCCGUCGGUGAGGGAACUAGUAACAGAAUUGAUCAAACAGAGAGCCGAACGUGCAUCGGCUUCCAUUGGAGGUUCUGUUUGAUAGGAUUCCAUCCUUUGUUCAUCUGUGAUUGACAUUUUUGGAAUAAAAAAUAAAUAAAUAAACGAUUUCACUGUAUCGUUUUGCCGGAG